AUGUCGACACCUCCGACUAAGCCCUCGUCCAGCUCAACCACUCCUAGUACGAAGACUCCAAGUGCAGUCACUAAGGCUGUGUCUGUCACAUCCAAGGCACCUCCCAACAACUGUUUCCGCGGUAUCGUGGUUGUCGAAGUCGGUCCUGAGAAACAAGCUUUCUCGAUUCACAAAGAUCUCCUGUGCUUCUACUCCGACUACUUCCGCGGCGCAUUCGACAGCAGUUUCAAAGAGGCAGCUGAGGGCAAGUUGUCACUUCCUACCGAAGACCCUGCUAUUUUCGAUAUCUUCAACGGCUUCAUCUACACUCGCCAGCUCCGCGACGCAACUGAUGUCAAGGGACCCAAUCUUUCCUUCACUACUCUUGUUGCUUUAUGGAUAUUUGGAGACAAGUACAUCGUUCCUGCACUCCAGAAUAAGGCUAUCGACGCGUUCAAAGAGAGAUCUGACAAGCUCAGAAGCAUACCGUGGCAGCUUCACCUUCGAACCAUCUACGACAACACCCUACACGGCUCCCCACUGCGAAGAAUCAUCACAGAUAUGAUGGCCUAUGAGAUAACCGUAUCCGAGAAGCCGCGUGACAAGAUAAUGGAGGUGUACCCGCUAGAAGCUCUGGUUGAUCUUGCUUUCACCCUUUCCGAUAAGUCCAAAGAGGAUGUUGGCCACUUUCGAUUACCAGCGGCUAAGAAGGCCAAGUGCUACUAUCAUGUCCACAACGAAGGAGAGAGCUGUCCAUGAGCUGGCUUAGAAAUUACUCCAGCGAGACACGAGUAGUUCUCCAACAAGGAUUGAACCGCCGUAUUGGACUGCACAACGCAAAUUGACAAUUGGAAACGUGUCCGAGGGUUUUCAAACAAUCAUGCUCUUGUAGUAUGACUCUCUGUC